CCAAUAAACCAAAAACAUGUUUCGGAAACUGGAAACGGGAACACAUGUUUAGUUUUUGCUCCGUCUGAUGCAAACGUUUGAUUGUGUUGUUUUGACUUCAUGCUGUAACCUUUAACAGAUCUAGGUGAAGCUAACUUUAGCCGCUUUAAAAAGUAUAAGAUCGUAAAAUAGAAAUCAUUCUCAGAUUGAAGAUUUCAGGAUGAUGAAAACAGCAGUGAAAGUCGCAUUUUGUUUUUCGUUUUGUUGUGUCGUUUUUUCAAGUGAGGUUCUAAAGGGUAAUGCAGUGGAGGAUGACGGGGUCAAUGAUCUGUACGAUUAUGGCCACGAGUCAGCCCCAUUAAAGUACGACAAUGACAUUUCAUCAGGGGACGAUGAUAAAGAACACAUCAAUGAUGCAUUAAAUGCUAUUGAAAGCUCAAUGUCAAAAGAAGACGAUGAACAUUUUGAAUAUACAAGUAAUGAUAGCGAAAUUCCUUUAGUGGGAAAAAUACCUGGAGGAAAGAAUAUUGGAAAAUUCACACCUAUCCGAAUGCCAACUGAUUUUGAGAGUUAUGAUAUCAACCCCACUGACGGCUUUGUAACGUUAUUGGAGCUUGUAGCUGUGACUGGCGCAAAGGAAAAUGUUCAAUUGGCAUUUAAAGAUUCAGAUAUCGAUGGUGAUGGCCGUCUGACCAGAGAUGAGUUCCUUAAAGCCCCCAUGACGUUACAAGGUUUCGUGGAUUAUGACAUACAAGAGCUGAUCAAAGUCGAGAAUGAGAUCAUCAAAGAUGAAAAAGUCCUUAAAAGGCUUGUCAAAGAAUUGGAGGAUGGGAGCAAUGAUACGGAUACUGUUCAUGAAUUGAGAAAAGCAUUAGAGGAACAAAGACAAAAUGAAAUUGAAAUUGAAAAAGAGAUUGGUAAAAAGCUGUACAAUAAUAAACUUAAUUAUUAAACUCUUUAAUCAAUAUGAAAACCCAAGAAGAGAUAUUUUUAGGAUAACUGUUCCAUCUUCCUUGGUUAAUACAGUGGCCUUAAUAACAUUACUUUUUAUACUGUAGUGAAUGCCUAAGUAACAAUGGAACGAUAACUGACAGGGACCACAGGAAUUGAGCUAAUGAAUGAGUGGGCUGAAAUACCAUCUUAAUUCUCAAGGUUUUAGU